CAGGAGCAGAGAGGUGUGGUUUGUGAAGACAUCUGGGGAGACCAACAGAGGCUGGACUGUGCAGUGACAGGAGCCAUCUCUGUGAAUUGUCUGCCUGUGUUUGAGUGUGUUUGGGACCAUGUCACGAUUUGUAAACAGCUUGACUGUGCGACACGGUCUCACCUUUGUUACGGGUCUGUUUGAGUGUCUGGUUUUCACUGGAGCUGUGUUUGGAUGGGCUUCACUUGUUUUUGUCCUGAAGAUAGAGGGUUACUUCAGCUCUCUGUGCAUCAACACAACCGGAGUCAAUUCAACGCAUGACUUAGACUGCAGUGGACAAGAUGAGCAGUUCUCUCUUGUUUUCACCAUCACCUCUUGUAUGUUCACUUUCCUGACGCUGCCCAAUGGUUUCCUCUUUGACUGGUUUGGUACCACAGUGACUCGGCUUGUUGGAAUAUUUCUUUACACAGCAGGGACCCUGAUGGUGGCCUUCUCAACUGCAGCUUUGUCCAACCUGAUGUUCCCAGCCCUCUCCCUCAUCGCAGCAGGUGGCGUCAUUUUUCUAAUCACCAACAUGCAGGUAGGAAACCUGUUCGGCUCACAUCGCUCCACCAUCAUCACCCUCUACAACGGAGCCAUCGACUCUUCAGCGGCACUCUUUCUUGUCAUCAAGCUGCUACAUGAGGCUGGAGUUUCUCUCCUCCCCUCCUUCCUCUUCCUGUCUGCCUGCAGCAUCUUUCACCUGCUCAGGACUUUCUUUCUGCUGCCCAGAGGCCACAUUCCCUACCCGCUGCCUGAUGACUACACAUACGGGAUAACCUGUGGUACAUCAAGGACUCUGAGCUUAGAGCACAUAACAGCGGAUGGUAACGCACAGACGACGACAGAGGGAGUUGAGGACGUCCCUGUGAAACAAGAGAAGAGUUUCCGUGAGUGUUUGAUGUCCAGGUUUUUUGUGUGGCAUGUGGUUUGGUUGUCGGUGAUGCUGCUCAGACAUUACCUCUUCAUCGGCACCCUCAACCCGAUGCUGCAGCGGCUGACGGGGGGAGAGCCCUCACUGGUGAGCCAGUACAGCAAUGCCUUUGCUAUAACGCAGCUGUGUGGCGUGCUGUGUGCUCCCUGGAACGGCCUCAUCAUGGACAGACACAAGGGCAAACCUCGUGCUGAAGGAGAGAGUGAACAGGAAGCAGACCUGCGGGCCUCGGUGCUUUCUCUCUUCCUGACAGCACUGCAAGGUGUGGUGUUCUCAGUUUGUGCCACCAUCCCAAACCUGCCACUUCAGUACUUCACCUUUGUCAUGCAGGUAAUCAACCGCUCCUUCGUCUUCGGUGGCAACGCAGCCUUCGUCAGUGUGGCUUUCCCGUCGUGCCACUUUGGGAAGGUGUAUGGUCUGAUCAUGGCUCUGUCUGGAGUGUUUGCUCUGCUGCAGUACGGCUGCUUUGCCCUGGUGAAUGGGCCUCUGGAUGGAGACCCUCUAUAUGUUAACAUCAGUCUGACGCUGCUCAUCCUGCUCGCCUUCAUCCAUCCCAUUUCUGUCUACCUGCACUGUCGAAGUCUCGCCUCCCAACGAGCCAUCAGUGCCUCCUCUUAAAGUCCGUCAAAUGAGACUCACACUUAAAAUGUCCUUAAAAUCACCAAUGACACUGUUACUUCUUUAGCUUGAUUGAAUGAUUAACUGUGCUCGUGUGGCUUUGUUGUAUUGCCUUUUACAGUGAUUCUCGACUUACAGCCAAAUCCAGCCCUCGAUAGAAAAUCCCAAUGACAGCAAGUUGAUUCACACUACGAAUUUUCUUUGUACUUUAAAUGUAAUUAAGGUGUCAGAAUGCAUAGAAAACAUCAAAAUAGAGCUUGUUUAUAAAAAAGUUCCAGUGAAGGAUCCCUCAGACCUCCUUACUGUUUGCUGUUCUCAAAUCCUAGAAAUGCCCCCACGUACAUCUGAUUUGCGCUCAGACUCAAUUUGCAUCUUGGCAAAGAUGAGCAAGGACAGAAAACAUUGAUGUCAAAAAAAUUUGUUUACUAACUGGCCCCUGACCUCCUGUCAUUUUGCAAAAGUGGCCCCUGGGCAAAGUAACUUGAGUAUCCCUGGCCUAUAGCAUUGUGGACUUCGACAAACUGAAUGUAUUCAUAUAAAUAUUUAUAUUGCUGUAGUUCUUUACACACACACACACACACACACACACACACACACACACACAGAUAUACAUAUAUAGAAUGUAUCUUUUGAUAUGAACUAUAGUAGUGUAGUAAAGGGAAUUAUUACUUUUUAUCAUUUGCUUUUCCCAAAUAAAUGUUUCCGUUUUAAAUUACUGCGUUAAACAUGAUGUACUUGCAGGUAACUGCUGUUUCAGAUGGUACAGAAAAUGCAAUUCUGAUGUGGUGAGAGGAUAUUUUUGAAAAGACUGUCAAUAAACUAUAUAUUGAAACAUUAAAAUUAUACUUAAA